CAGUAAAUCAAAACAAAUGGGAUCAUUUAUUGGUGUAGUGACUAUCAAACAAUUAAUUAGUGGUAAACUUUGUUCAUGUUAUAGUAAAGAGGUACAGGCACCUAGACUUGGAUGUUCAGGGGGCUGUAAACAUUUAAAUCUGAUACCUUUAAAUAAUGAG